AAUAGGGCCUGGAGGCCGGGCGAGGGCGGGCGCCAGGCUCUGGGACCGGACGGGGCUAGGGCCGGGCCGUCCCCCGGUCGGGGAGCUCACCCUGACUCCGGUACGCCACGAGCAGCGGCGGCAGGCCCGGCCCGACCUGGUACCAACCCCCCGGCCGGACCUCCGGGCACCGACCCCCGCUGGCUCCGCUUCGCCCCGCACCAUGAAGUGGAUGUUCAAGGAGGAUCAUGCGCUGGAGCACAGAUGUGUAGAGUCUGCAAAAAUCCGAGCCAAAUACCCAGACCGUGUGCCGGUCAUUGUGGAAAAGGUCUCAGGCUCUCAGAUUGUUGACAUUGAUAAGAGGAAGUAUCUGGUUCCGUCUGACAUCACUGUGGCCCAAUUCAUGUGGAUCAUCAGGAAGAGGAUUCAACUGCCAUCUGAGAAAGCAAUAUUCCUCUUUGUAGACAAGACUGUCCCACAGUCCAGCCUAACUAUGGGACAGCUUUAUGAGAAGGAGAAGGAUGAGGAUGGAUUCUUAUAUGUGGCCUACAGUGGAGAAAACACAUUUGGCUUCUGAAUGCUGGUGUCUGGCUGCUGCACCAUCCUGCUAUGUAUCUUGUAAAUAGCCAAUUGUUUUCAGUUAUGCCACCCACAGAGGUUUCUCCCAUACACAUCAUGCAUUUGUAACUGGAUUAAUUUCCUAAUAUAUUGAUAAGCCUUGUUUUAUAGACUGGUAAAUUAUCGGGAUUUUUUCCUUUAUUGUGCAUUGUCCUCAUAGCUAUAAGUUCCCAGAGCCUCACCCCUCUGGAACACAUAUUUAAUGACAUUGUUUAUAUAUUGACGCAAAGUAGUUGGGCUACUAAAACAUGAAAAAGAGGAACAUGCAUUUAUUCUGGAUUUAGUUUGAGGUGUUAGCUUGACAAGAAUUAAAAUAUUAAUUAUUCUUAGGAACAACACUGGCUUCACUAGGUUAUUCUGAGCAGUAGCAAGAUGCUUAGCAUAUUGAACUAAGUUAAUGUUCCUCUUUCUGAAUUCUAUUAAGGAAUAACUACAAUAAAAAUUCCUCCCACACA